UGUGUACAUAAGCGGAUAAGAUGUGCCGGGCGACACUCAGCGCGUACAUACACAAAAUUGAAAGAUCCGCUCUGCUAGUUACCGCCUACCAAAACUAGAUUAUAUUUCAAUUUCUUUAUGAUCGAGAUGGGAUUCGAUGCUUUAUCAAAGCUGAGGAGUGCUGGAAUAGCUACUGAAGAAUACCUGAAGGAGAAAUGGGAACACAGAAAAUCGCGUGAUCCUUCGGAAACGAGGGAAGAUGCAGCAAGAGCGGAAGAAGAACGGCGCCGAGCAGAGAAGAACGGUUUUCUCCGUUUAAUUUUAGCAAAGAUUACCGGCGAUUCGGUCGUUGAGAUGCCACCGUUGGAAUGGGAUCCGACCACGUCCCACCGAGCUGUGUUCUUAGUCACCAAACCUAUCGAGUUCGGCAAGUUUGAGUUAUCAAGAAACACUUAUGAACUGCUUGCCAAACACGUUGGUAUGACCCUGAACAGCGUCAGCCAUUGGGCACUUUGUGUGAUAGAUCGUAGUUUUCACCCUUCGUAUUGCUACGACCUAAUGAGCGACCAGUUAGCACUUACUGCUCUCGGCAAGAAUUAUUUUCGUGUGGCGGAGAUCAACGCUGCAUUUAUUGAGACGUGGAGUUCUUGCUAUUAUGUUGGUGAGACGACAAAAUCGCACCAAGAGAUCCAAGAAUUAGGAGCUGCGCAUAUGGCACUUCAUCCACGUUAUAACCUCUUGACAAGUAACUGCCAGGACAUGGCGGAAAGCUUGGUAAAGCAGAUGUGUAACGGUAAAUUGAUUAGUCAAGCCAAGUUGAGAGAGGAGCUAGCCCUAGCAUCACCAAAGAUCGCCCUAGAUCUAAUGGUCGCCCGAUUAAGAUCUCGGAUAGAAGUAUUAGAUGAGCACGAGGAAAGUGAUGCAGUUAAGGCAGAUAUGGAUAUAAUCAAGGGAUUGUGGCAUAGAGUCCAUCGGUAGUCGAUGCGCUCAGUCUGAGCGAGCGUUUCGUAUCACACCAAAUUCAGUCAUACGGUUUGACAUUUAUAACGUUCAAGUUGUCUGAAAGUAUUCAAAACAGCAGUUCUUUUCCGAAUAUGUACCUAACUCAAUCCGUUCGACAAUAAAAAGCAAUUGAGUAUAGGUUCAAGCGGCAUACCUACAUGUAUGUAGGUAAAAGUAUUUAAAGAAAUACCGAGCAAUGUAUUGAGAAAAUGUUGAAGAUGUGGGAAUACAGAAUUGCCGUUUGACUUCAAUACACAAUUACGCUGCGGCGUACAGACUAGUAGCUAAUUGGUUAGAUCUCGUGUACUGAC